AUCUUGAGGCAGCCUCCACAGGCGUGAGACAAGAGUGAUCUAUGAUCGAGUCACAAGCACGGUCGACAGUCGACACCUCUCGCAUAGCUUUGGAGCAUUUGAACAUUCUCCAUCACCAGCAGCCAGAGAUCAAGUUACAAAGCUCAUCACCCCUCAGCGCAAGUCAACUCGACCUGGACAGCCCCGACCUCAACAGACACGCUCGCGUCGGUCCCAAGUGGAAAAAGGAAGGCUGAAAGGGGGGACGAGAUCGGUUUUUUCUUCAAGUCGCCACACCGAUUUCCAGCUCGUUGCGCGCAAUAGGACAGCACAUCCGUGUAUCCCAGCACCUAUCUGCCCCACUGAUCGUAAU